GAGCUCGCCUCGACGGCUCGAAAAGCCGCCCUCGUCGGCCGCGCGCUCCUCGAUAGGUGGCGGUCCCACGCAACGCGCCCAAGAGAGUGCGCGACGUGGGUCGCCAAGGACCCGCGCAUCGACACGGUCGCGUUCCUCCCGCGCGUGCUCGGCGCGAACGGUGUGCGGACGACGACGGUGCUCGUGAUGCGGCACCCGUGGCUCCGGUGUGGAGACAACAUCGCGUCGAUGGCGUGGGUGCCCGAGAUUUGAUUUCCACGUAGGUGGGCGCCUACGUACCAAAGCGAGCAAUCCGGCGCCUCCCCACCCUUCGGCGGCGCGGCGCGUCGAUGGCGCGGGCGGCGCACGUCACCGGCGGAGGCAGACACGUUGCGCUUCUGGCUCGACGUUUGGCUCGACGCCUUCAGAGCGGCGCUGUCGUUGGAGCGCUGGGGGCUACAGCGCAUGGAAGACGUGUUACUCGCCGCGCCCGGGCGGCGGCGCUUACGAAUUCACGGGUCAAAGGUCGAUCCCGAGCGCGCCUACGCCUACGCCAACGGUACCACCUUCGCCGCCGUAGAGGGCGCCGCCUUCGUUAGACGUACCUUCGGCUACGACCUCGCGAAUCCACCGGCGACGCCGCGUCACGAGGGCUACUGGUUCUCCGUGGGAAUCGACGCUCAGGAUCGGUUGCCGCCCGCCGGCCUCGUUCCCGCGUGGCCAUCGAUGCGACCGGCACCUCCUGCGCGGACCGCGUAUCGGGUCAACUGCGUCGCCUGCGCGGAGCCGCACUGCCUCCAGAAACCUCGUCGCGCUCGUCGCCGCCCGGGAUGA